UGCACCCCUUGUUGCUUUGGUCAAGACUAACCAAAGUGGAGUGAAACGCAGAAGCUGAGAAACCGAGUCACUCUGAGAGGAUGGGGAAUUGUCUCCGGAGAGAACUCAGGAAGGAAAUGACUGCACUUGAGAAAGAAAAUCGAGGUCAAGAGAAGGAAAGUAAUGAAGUUUUAUCCACCUCUAAUCAGGAAAAUGAGGAUGGCAGUGGUUCCGAAGAAGUGUGCUACACAGUCAUUGUUCCCCGCCCUCACCACAAGCCCUCCGUGAGCUCCAAUGACAACGGCUACGAGAACAUUGACUCCACCACAAAGAGAGUGAAAGUGUUUAAAGAAGGAUCCGAAACAGAAUACGCCCUCCUCAGGAUGGCGUGCAUCACCAGGCCCUCGCCCCGCACCCCGGAGCAUGACUAUGAACUUGUGCUUCCCCACUAGACACUUCGUGCCUCUUCGUCUUCCAGUACCUAAGACGGCACAGAGUGAGCCCUCUGGGGAAGUCUGCCUCUCAGCAGUUCACAAAACAUUCAUUUCUGUCCAGCGUUUAGAAAUGAUGUCCUUUUAAUAUAUUGCCUUGGGAAACUCUUAAACAUGGUAUCUCUGUGGUUUGUAUGAAGCCGUAUACAUUGGCAUAAUGAUAUAAAGUAUUCUACAUCUUUUUGUUUGUAAGGUUUGAAGAUAUGGAGAUGGUGGGGAAACCUCCCUAGGACAAUAAACAUCCACAAAUAUAUGACCUAAAACAUUCAAUUCCAACCAUGCUCUCCAAAUUUCAAAUGCCGAUAUUUUCAUUUCUAAUUAUGCAUUUUAUUUUUUCAUGUAUAAACUACUCAAUAAACUUUUAAAAUGUAA